AAAAAGAUAAUCCAGAAGGAUUAUCCACUUUUGCGACCGCAAUUGCAAAUGCUAAAAUCGGUGUUAUAUAUGCGAUCGCACUUUCCUUACAUAAAAUCCCGGAAGGCCUUAUAAUUUCUUUACCAAUAUAUUAUGCCACAGGUUCUCGAUUAAAGGCUUUCUUAAUCGCUGCAUCUGUUGGUGUUACAUCUCAAAUGUUGGGGGCUGUUUUGGGUUAUGUUAUCUUUAUCACCGUAUGGAACGAUGCUGUUUCCGGUUUUCUUUUUUCUAUAGUAACCGGUACUUUACUUUAUGUAAUCUUACACGGAAUGUUACCAAUGGCUCGUAGUUAUGAUCCUCAAGAUAAAUAUUGUACUUAUUAUGUAUGUGGUGGUUUGUCUUUCUUUGCGAUUGUCGCGUCUCUUUUUAACCUUUAA